GAUCGAGAGUUCGAGACCGUCUUCUCGGUCGCAAGCCAGCAAUCGAAGCUCUGCUCCCUGCCCCCGCGAAAUCUCAAUCUUUCGCCGUCGAGCUCCCGCCAAAUCACGCUCCUGCUCCCGCGAAAUCGAGCUCCCGCCCUGCUCCCGCCGAAUCCAAUAUGCCGCGACACCGCCGCUGCAGCCGGCUGCGCCGCAUCGUCGGCGGCGUCUCAGUCGGAGCUCUCCUGCUGUUAGCCGGAAGCGGAGGCCACAACGCCUACUCGGGCCGCCCGGUCUUCUCGCUGCCCCUCGGCCUCGGCGCCCCCUUCCCGCUCGUCGCCGACAGUCCGGCGCCCCCGCCCUUCCCGUUCGCUGCCGACUUUUCUCCGUCGCCGUCCCCGCAAUCCCAACACUCGCCCUUCCGCCUCAGCGAUGACAGCCUCGCGCGGCGCCUUCUGCCCCUCCGCCUCCGCGCCAGCCAAUCGCCGCCGCAGCAGGACGCGGAUGCGGUCCUCCUUCCCGACCAGGAGGUCCUGAUCCUGGACGACGCUGAGCCUACCGGCGACGCCAUCUGCGCCUUCCAGGGCGGGGCUUCCUCCCCGGCGAGACCGCUCGGGAGGCUGCCGGCGUCCGGACUUCACGCAUACGUCUGCCGCCUUCCCGACCCAGCGCAGAGCUUCCAGCAGCUCCAAGCGCCGCUCUUACUCCACUCCUCCACCUCCUCGGUCGCCGCAGCUGCUCCAGAUUCCCCUUCUCCUUCUCCGGGCCGCGCAUUGCUUAACUGGAGCAGCGACCCGAUAGUGUUUGACUCGGCUCUUCUGGACGGAGGCGACUUGCUCGUCUUCGCUAAGGGAAUCAGCCGCCGCCAAGGCCUUCAGUGCCUGUAUCGCUACAGCGACGGCGCCGAUACCAUGCUGGCAACUACACCGGCAAUCACCUCAGUACAGCAAGUUACUCGCUGCCCCUCGCCGCCGACACCUGUCAAGUCAGGAGGAAGCACCAAGGUUCUUGUCACACUAGGGGUCACCGGCGAGGAUCCCAUGCCCUCCGUUGCAACCUUUCGUCGACAGCAAGCUGAAUCUUCUUUGGUGACUCCUCAAAAGAGUUCAAUUUGCGCCUGCACAAUGGGACGCAACAUCUCCAAGUUUCUCAGGGAGUGGGCACUCUACCAUAGUGCGAUUGGGGUGGAUCAGUUCUUUAUCUAUGAUAAUGGCAGCGAGGACAACUUGGCAGGCCUAGUGGCGCAGCUCAUAUCCUCCGGGCUCAACAUCACAACCGUGCCAUGGCCUUGGACCAAGGUCCAAGAAGCUGGUCUGUCUCAUUGCGCGGCCACACAGCAAGCUUCGUGCCAAUGGAUGGCUGUCAUAGAUGUCGAUGAAUUCAUCUUCUCAACAAGCUGGGCAGGAUUAGAGAAGCCAUCAAAAUCUUUGCUAGAGCCCGUUAUUUCUGUUGAUGAUAGCGUUGGCCAAAUAUACCUUGCUUGUUAUGAUUUUGCCCCCUCGGGCCAAACAGCACAUCCACCGGAGGGGGUCUGCCAGGGCUACACUUGCCGGUUGAAGAGCCCGCAGCGGCACAAAUCCUUGGUCCGUCUCGACGCCGUGGAACCAUCCUUCAUGAAUGUGGUCCAUCAUUUUAAGCUCAAGCCUGCUUUCAAAAGCAUCUGGACUGCGUUCGCACGUGUUAACCACUACAAAUACCAAGCUUGGCCGGAGUUCAAAGUCAAGUUCAAGAGGCGUGUGUCCGCUUACGUGGCAGAUUGGAAAGAUCCGAUCAACCUCGACUCAAAGGACCGGGCUCCUGGCUUAGGAGUUAAUGACGUCGAACCAGAAGGCUGGGCCCAAAAAUACUGCGAGGUUAAAGACAAUAUCCUUAAGCUGUUGACUGCAAGAUGGUUCGGUGUCGGAUUUGGGAACCCUCAUUAGCUCCAGUCAGAUCAGGUAACACACACGGGUAAGAUCUACCACCCCUCCCCCUCUUUUACAUAGUAAUUUCUGUUUAUUUACACUAACAAAACGUAAAUCAAAACCACUAAGUUUUCCAGAAUUAGAAAUUAUCUCUUAAAUUGGAUGGUAUACACCUUUUAAAUAGGCUUUAGGUUGAUGGGGAAGCACCACAGUACGUGUGUGUUGCUCAAUGAUGAACAUACUCCCUCUAGUCUAGUUCUGAAAAAGCCCCCAAAAUGCAACUUUUACUUCUUAUUUUCGUUAACUAUAAAACUCUUCAAAAUUAUACAGUACUUAUUUAAAAUACUUUAUGAGAGAUAACCUUUAUUUUAACUAUACAUUAUUACUGUAAAGCUCUUCAAGACAAUAUUGUUUUGAAAAUACUUUAUGAGAUAAACCUACACAUUGUUUUCACAUAUCCAAUCCAAAAAUAUUAUGAAAUAUAGUGAGUCAAAGUUUGGAAAAAGUUAAUUAAACCCAUGCCUAAACCAACAACUUUUCCAGAACUAGAAGAGGGAGUAUAAUAAUAACCUGAGAGCAUUUUCCCUAUCGAUAGUUAGCAGUUUGUUUUCGCUAUUCAAGCUCUUGCUGUCCUUCUUUUUCCAUCUUGAACUGUUAAGAACAGAUUUAUGUUCAAUUUGCCUUGAUACUCAGCACGUGACACGGUGCUUUAAUAUCGGUUCUUUUGCUAAAAUUGGAUGACUUUUUUUCCUUGAAUGAUUUUGGCUUAACAGUUGGGCUUAGAUCAGUUGAAUUUGUAAUGCUUAGCUGGAGCACGACAUGAAGCCUCUUUAUUUUAUUUUAUUUUUGGACCUGUGUGGGCUGGAUUACUAAUCAGUGAAAGCUUCACACAAAUGAUUUCAAAUCUUGUUUGUUGAUUGAGGUACAUUUCUUAAGUAUCUAUUGGCUGAUCCUUAUGGUUGUAUGGCUUCUAUUCUGAAACUAUUGGAUUGAGAUGCUGGUCUACACUUUGUUGGCUUUUCUAUAAAAAAUGAAUCUUGGUUUAUGAUGCAGUUAAGCUUUGGCUUAUAUGGUUUUGUUCCAGUUUUGACUUGUUUUAAUUAGCUGGAAACAUCUUUGGAAAGUCUUUCUUGAUAUGGAACUCAUACAUCAAAAUGCAUCUCCAAUGGAGAAUGCGACAUUGUCAAACUGACCUUGCAAGUUGAACAUGUGAACGAGUGUAUUGAAAAUUACCUUGCUGCCUGGUUUCUACUGAUCCGAAGAAACGGGUUCAGCAUUUACCCAUGGCUGAAUACUGGUACAACAGUUCUUUUCAUUCUUCUCUCCAAGAGACUCCUUUCGAGGCCUUAUAUGGAUAUCCACAGCCACAAAUCAGUGAGUUCUCAACGGUAGGCACUACUGACAGUGAGGCACAGACAACAACUGCUGUCAACACUGAAGCACAAUCUCUUAAUUGCCCAGCAACUCAUGAAGAAAUAUGCAGAUCGCAAGCGAGUUGGAAGGACUCUUGCAGUAGGUGACAUGGUUUACUUGAAGCUUCAGACAUAUCGUCUGAAUGCUUUCGGCCUUCGUUCUCACAUCAAGCUGCAAAGGAAGUUUUACGGACCAUUUCGAGUACUGUAUCAUGUGGGCAAUGUGGCAUAUCACCUGCAGCUGCAAGCGUGGGUAUCCACCCAGUGUUCCACAUCAGCUAGCUGAAGGAACAAAUUGGACCCAAUGUAGUUCCCUGUGCUGAUUUACCUCUAGGUGAUCCUGAACGGUGUACCAGAACUGAACCUGUUAUCGUACUUCAGACCCAACAGAUCCCUCGCAACAAUCUACCGGUUGUCCAAUGGCUUGUACAACGGGAGAAUUUUCCACUGGAUGAUGCAACUUGGGAAGCCGUGGAUUUCAUGAAGCAUACAUUCUCAGCCUUUUUCAGGAAGACAGUCGAAGGAUGGUGUCGUCAACCUUCAGCUUCUUGAAGGCAAGAUCGCGCUCGCAAGGGGGCAUUGUCAGACUGAACUUGCAAGGUGUUCUAGUCUUCAGUUAACUGUACCGGUUCAGAUAAUGAAUGGCUGGGGAUUGACGAUGGAGAAGAUCGGACGGCUUGCAUUCACUCACCGUCUACCUCUAGCUUAUUUACUUUUCACUGUUGCUUUUCUUACCUCUUUAUUCUUUCCUUGGCAACAACGGCUGUAACAGAAAAAUGUAUGCGCUACACGGGAUAAGCCCCGAUCAAUCAAUAAAGCACUAUAUGAAGCCUUUUAGUUUUA